AUGGCGCCCCAACCCACCAUUAAACUGUCGCUGUACUACCGCAAGCCACCGCCACAUCCGGUCGGUAUCCCGAUCUUUCCCGAUCGGUUCCAGGCCCAAGUGUUCAAGCCCAUCCUCGACAUCUUCGGGGUGACAAAUUAUGACCAAAUCAGGUUUGAUUUUCGCUUCGAGGUGCUGCGGAUGUUCCGUCAGCAACCGGAGCUGAUGGAGGUCGAGCCGCUCCUCACGAAGAUGGACGACUAUUUCGGCAACGUGGGACUGGACGAGCGACACAAGAGACACGCGAAGGGAUACCUCCUGUAUCUCCUGAUAUGA